AUGACAUCUUCGCAGAAUAACCAGAAAGACAUCAAGCCGAUCAUUAUAGACGCCAAACAGGACAUGGAUGAUGUCCACCAAGCGCUGAGGGGACUGUCGCAGGAGGAGCAGACUGAGGUACGGAUGCUGCGCUCUAGAAUAGAGGAACAGUCCGGCUUGAUCUGCAUGCUGAAGCAGCGAGCUGAUGAGAUGCUGCUUCGCUCUCAGACUCUAGAACGGGUCAACACCAAGCUGCAGAACCUGCAGGUCAACAUGCAGACAGAACUGCAGAAUGAACGGGAGAAAUUAGAGCAGCAGGAGCAGAGGUUCAUGGACCUUGCUGCCAAUCACAGAGAGCUGAUCAACUUCAAAGAUGAAUAUAAGCAGAAGAAUGCCGAGCUGAUGAAGGAGAACAAGAGACUACGAGAGGAGAAUGAAAAGUUGUUUAGCAAAGAGCUGCAAGAGAAAGAGGAGAUCAUUCACAAACUCAGCCAGGAGAUGCAUGACCUCAAUGAAAAACAUAGACAAUCAGAAAAAGAAUACCAUGAUAAAGCAACAAUUUCCCAGAUGAAAUUUAAGGAAUUGAUUGAUCUCCAUCAGAGUAAGGAGAUGUCUUUGCAAAAUAAACUUCACAACAUUCAGAAAGAGCUAAAGAAUACACUGGACAUACAUGCAGAAGUGGCUUUAAAACUUAAAGAAAGCCAGGAAAGAGAAACAAUGAAAGAAACAUUGGCAGAAGAGAGAAUAAAGGCACUUACAAAGGAGAAGGAAAAACUACUGGAACUGUCCAUGCAAAGAGGGAAAAUUAUACAGGAUAAACAAGAGGAAAUUCAUGAGUUAGAAAAGAAUAAGGAAAUGGCAGAAAAUGCUAGACAGGAAGCAGAGGACAGGUUUGAAAGGGAAGCUGCAGCAGUGAAUGCAGAGCUGAGAGUAAAGCAGCUUCAGCAUGUUCUACACAAAGCAGAGCAGGCAUACACAGAUCUCAAGAAGGAGUUUGAGGCAUAUAAGAAGUACAGCAGUGACCUGUUGGCACAGGAAAAGGAGUUAAAUGCCAAACUUCGCCACAUGAUCAACUGA